AUGGAGCAGUUCCAGGACGGCCACCACGUGCGGCUGCGGAGCCGCGAGCGCGGGACGUACCUGCACGCUGACGACGACGGGCUUGGCGUCUCCAUCCAGAGACUUCGCGUGUCGAUGAACGUGGCUUGGUUGGUGCACCUGUACCGGGGCCAGUACCUUCUCCUACAGAGCGCCGCCUACGGUGGCUACCUCGCCGUCACGGGCGCACCGGCUCGGCGCGGCCACCGCGGCCUCCGCGUCGAGCAGCUCAGCUACUAUCACCCGGAGGUGGAGCCGAUGCUUUGGCAGGCCGUCCAGUUGGAGGGACUCUUCCUCAACCACUUCAACAGCGGCAACCUCCGCGCCAAUGGGAGGUACCGCCGGUGGAACAACGGCGUCAGCGUCGACCGCAUCGAGGACGUCAACAACAUCAGCACGAUGAUGCACUGGGUCGUGGAGGCCAUCCCCGCCAGGGAGAUCAUGCCUCGCCUUCCACGUCCGCUUCUGCUUCCCAUCCCCGCCGCCAUGUUGCGGCCGCGGCUGAUCAUGUACGUGUGGCCGAACAUCCAGGGCCAAGGGGGCCUCCUCAACCAGGGCACGUUCGUGUUCGGGGGGAGGUCCGUGUUCGACCUGAGGAACGAGCUGGCUAGGCGGGUGGAGUUGGAGGUCGCCCAACUCGUCAUGUGCCUGCCCACGCGUAAUGGCCGGCUAAUUCCACUGCUCGUCGAUCUGCCCCGCAGCGGCCAGACCCUCCACAUCAUCAUCGUCAUCGUCGGGUCGCCUGUUAGUCUGAACUCUGAACUACUGUAG